UUAAACACUGUGCUUUAUGUGUUCCCACAUCAGCUGUUACUGGAGGUAGAAAACAUCAACUGCAUUGCUGUCGAUUGGAAAGACGGUGCAAAAGGCACCUACGUCAGUGCAGUGAACAACAUCCGUGUGCUUGGGGCUGAGAUUGCUUAUUUCCUAAAAAUCUUACAGAACAACUUCAGAUACCUCCUUGGCAAAAUUCAUUUAAUUGGCCACAGUCUGGGAGCACAUACUGCAGGAGAGGCGGGAAGAAGGAUGCAAGGCAUCGGGCGGAUAACAGGCUUAGACCCUGCUGGGCCCUAUUUUGAAGGGACUCCUCCGGAGGUGAGACUGGAUCCUUCAGAUGCAAACUUUGUUGAUGUUAUUCACAGCAAUGCCCCUCACUUUCCUGCUGUAGGGCUUGGAAUCCGUAACACCAGCGGUCACCUUGACUUUUACCCAAACGGAGGAACUGUGAUGCCUGGAUGCAGCGAUUUAACUAAAGAGAUGAAACAAAGUGAUUUUGAAGCUGUCAUUGCAGACACUACAGUCAUUGGGGGGUGCCAUCACUCACGCAGCCAUGAGUUUUAUUUUGAAAGUAUCCUCUAUCCCUCCGGAUACCUCGGAUAUCCCUGUGAAACGUACGAAGCCUUCAAGUUAGGACACUGUUUCCCAUGCCCCAAGGAGGGAUGCCCAAUGAUGGGACACUAUGCUGACAGAUUCCCAGCCAGACUGAAGAUGGUAAACCAAAAGUAUUUUUUAAAUACAGCAGCAGAUGUACCUUUUGCUACUUGGAGGCAAAAAGUAAUUAUCAAACUGUCUGGUGUAAAGAAAAUGAGUGGAGACAUAAACCUGGUUUUCCAUGACAAAGAGGGGAACAGAAAAGAAUAUGAAGUUGCCAGUGGAGUCCUCUCUCAAGAUGAAGUUUACACAAAAUUCCUUGACGUUGAAAUUAAUCCAAGAAAUACUAAAACAAUUGAAUUUCUCUGGAAUAAAGCCAUUUUCACUCUUCUCUGGGCAAGACUGGGAGCAGAAACAGUCAAUAUAACUUAUGGUGAAGAUGGACAUAGCUCAACUUUUUGUGGUCAUGGAACUGUGACAUAUGGAGUUCCUCAGUUACUUACACCUUGCUAGAGGUCACCGAGUGCCACUGGUUCGUAUACAGCAGCU